UUUUAUAUUCUUUUUUGGGUUCAAGUAAUUCAGCUUCCAGAUUUUCUAUCACUUCAGCAAUUACCUGGAAGCUCCGUCCCUCCAGCAUUUUAUAAAUAGCAGUACCAAGCCUUACUGAUCAUCUCGCCAUUCCUCUCAAUAUCCAACUGUUUAACUUACCCAAAUAAAAAAAUCCAACUGUUUAAUUACCUGAACAUUCUCCAGAAAAUUUGAGUUGAGUGUAAAUGGAGUCACAAGGUGGCACGAGUAGCCUUCUUGGUGGGACGCCGUCGUGUUACCGGGGUGUUCGGAAGCGGAAAUGGGGCAAAUGGGUGUCGGAAAUUCGGGAGCCUGGAACGAAAACACGAAUCUGGUUGGGGAGUUUCGAGACAGCAGAAAUGGCAGCGGCAGCUUACGAUGUUGCAGCUUUAUUCUUCCGGGGGCGUGAAGCCCGCCUGAAUUUCCCGGAACUGGCCAGUUCUCUCCCCAGGCCGGCCAGCUCCAAUUCCGACGACAUCCGUAUGGCUGCCCACGAAGCUGCCAUACAAUUCAGAAGUAACAGAAAUAACACUGCCGCUAGUUCUGCGGAUUCGUCUCUAGGUUGUGGUAUGAAUAGUGUGGACUCAGAUGGGACCAACUCGGCUCCCAUCACUGUGAGACUGUCCCCGAGCCAAAUCCAGGCAAUAAAUGAGUCGCCAAUGGAUUCGCCGAAUGCAUGGUUGCAGAUGGAAGAAGAAUUAAUGUUACAGAAAUCCAUAAUGUUGUCCAAUGAGGUUGAAGAGAAUGAUGAGUGGAAUUGUGAUAUGCAAAGGGACUCCCUUUGGGACCCUUAGGUAACGUUUUCAACUAAAACACUUUAAUAAAUACAUUGAUUAUUAUUUAUAAAAUAUAAAAAAAAGUAUGAUUGUUGAAGAAUACUGACCCUAAUAUUAUCGAGUCAGUAUCAUGUUAUAUACAAAAUUGUUUUAGAUAUUAACUAUAUUUUACCAAUGUAUUGGCCUCAAAAGUGUGCGGUGUGAUUGUAUCUUUAUUUUAUUUUCUUUUUUAUUAAUUUAAUUGUCACUUGUUCUAUGUAUAAAUGUACUUCUCAAGUUGAACGAACGUCAAAGAUGGGAAUAACUUGUUGUUAUUUCAUUGGAUA